AUGCAUUGGAACGUUCUGGAGUCGGUAUUUGAAAGCUGCUGCACCACAAGAAACCACCGCUACGUCUACGGGACUGCAGGGUUCCGUGACGAUGCGACCGUGUUGGACACGGUCAUGGUCACGACAGGGCUCUUGGCAUGCUUGAGGUCCAUUGCGCUCGACGGCAAGGCAGUGGGUGUGAUGAUCACGGCCUCGCACAACCAGCCGUGUGACAACGGUGUCAAGAUCGUCGAGCCCGACGGAUCGAUGCUGGACCAGUCUUGGGAACCGUUCGCGACAGAGCUGGCAAACAAGGCCUCUUUCUGUCACUCAACGCAGGAGUUCAAACUGUAUCUGCAAGAGAAGUUCGCACAGUACAAGGUCGACAGUGGCAUCACGCCUGUCUUGGUUGUCGGCAGAGACUCGAGGGACUCGGGCCCCCGUCUGCUGCAAUGCUUGAACUCGUUGGCUGUCCCGUUGAUGAAGCCGAAGAUAAUCGACUAUGGUCUACUGACCACCCCACAGUUGCAUUUCUUGACAAAUGCGAUCAACACCACAAAGAGUCGUGCCCCUGUCACGGAGGACGACUACUAUUCGUUCUUCAUGGACGCAUGGGUGAGUAUCACUGCUCUGCAUGGGAUCAAAGUCUUGCAGUCUCCAAGACUGUACAUAGACGCUGCAAAUGGGAUAGGCGGGCCCAAAGUUUCAAAACUGUUCGAGGUAUGGCCCCAAGCAGGACAAUUCACUCUGGUUAACAAUCAUUGGCAGACACCAACUCUGUUGAACAACGAUUGCGGCGCAGAUUACGUCAAGACAAACCAAAGACUGCCAAAAAACAUCGACCCAGCUGCAGACUCGGAUCCGGCCACUCUGUAUUGCUCCUUCGAUGGCGACGCCGAUAGGAUCGUCUUCUACUACCAAGAUGCACAGAACUCGUUCCAUUUGUUGGAUGGUGACAAGAUUUCAACCCUGUUUGCUUUGUUCAUCUCAAAGCAGUUGAAAAAGGCAGGAUUAACAGAGAAGAUCUCAAUGGGUGUGGUUCAGACUGCUUACGCUAAUGGUAACUCUACAAAUUAUCUGGAAAACGUUUUGAACAUUCCUGUAUCAUGCGCAAAGACCGGCGUUAAGCAUCUGCACCAUGAAGCUAUAACAAACUAUGAUGUAGGCAUUUACUUCGAAGCAAAUGGCCACGGAACAAUCAUGUUCUCAAACAAAUUUUUUGAAACUUGUGAAUCACUCCUAAAGGAAAACAACGAAUCAUUGGAAGUGAAAACUUUAUUAUCAUUCGCUCACUUAAUUAACCAAACUGUUGGUGAUGCUAUCUCAGAUAUGCUAGGUGUCCUCGCAGUUUUAUCAAUAAUGAAACUUACGCCAUCUGCAUGGGAUAAGGAGUAUACUGACUUGCCAAACUUGCUAACAAAAGUUGUCGUCCCGGAUAGAUCCCUAUUUACCACUACCGACCAAGAAAGAAAAUUACUGACACCAGAGGGUGCCCAAACUAAAAUCGAUGCUAUCGUCGCAAAAUACAAGAACGGUAGGUCGUUUGUGAGAGCAAGUGGUACCGAAGAUGCUGUCAGAGUAUAUGCAGAAGCAUCCACACCACAAGAUGCUGCUGCUUUGAAUGAAGAAGUAUCAAAAGCCGUCCUGGCAAGUGUCUAG